CGGGGCGGGAGCGGCCGCCGCGGCACCGCGGGGCAGGGGCAGGGCCGUGCGCGCCGGCGGCCGCGCGGGACGGACAGACAGACGGACGGACGGGCCGGUCUCGCUCCCCGCGGCGCCGCCGCCGCCGUAUCCAAGCAGCCGCCGCGCCUCACCGGCAGUGCGCGGCAGGGCGGGGCUUCUCGAUUGACGGGCGGCGCAGCCAAUCAGAACGGCUUCUCGCCGUUAGCCUGGGCGCGCGGCCAAUAGGAGCGCGCGGGGGCGGGGCUGGCCGGCGCGGACCGGCGCGAGGCGGCAGCCGCGCUCCCCGAACCUCGGCGGCGCUGCGGCCGCGCCCGGAGCGGGACCGUGGUCGGGAGCGGCGGCUAAGCCUGGAAAACCUUAGCCAAAAGACAGCAAACCACAGGGAAGUGGAGACGUGUGUGAUGACUGAGCUUGCCCUAAAAGAAACCAUGUCAUCAGGGGGAGCUGAAGAUGAUAUUCCUCAAGCAGAGAGAAAAACGGUGACAGACUUUUGCUACUUAUUGGAUAAAUCUAAGCAGCUCUUCAAUGGCUUAAGGGAUUUACCUCAGUAUGGGCAGAAGCAGUGGCAAUCCUAUUUUGGGCGAACAUUUGAUGUUUACACCAAACUCUGGAAGUUCCAACAGCAGCACCGACAAGUAUUGGACAAUCGGUAUGGGUUGAAGAGGUGGCAAAUUGGGGAAAUUGCUUCCAAGAUUGGGCAGCUCUAUUACCAUUAUUACCUGCGCACCUCCGAGACCAGCUAUCUCAACGAGGCUUUCUCCUUCUACUCAGCCAUCAGGCAGAGGUCCUACUACUCCCAAGUCAACAAAGAAGACAGGCCCGAAUUAGUGGUUAAGAAGCUGCGUUACUAUGCAAGGUUUAUAGUGGUUUGUCUCCUGCUCAACAAGAUGGAUGUUGUAAAGGACCUUGUAAAGGAGCUGUCAGAUGAAAUUGAAGACUACACGCAUCGUUUCAAUACUGAAGAUCAGGUGGAGUGGAACCUGGUUCUUCAGGAAGUGGCAGCAUUUAUUGAGGCAGACCCUGUCAUGGUUUUAAAUGAUGACAACACCAUUGUAAUCACCUCUAACAGGCUUUCUGAGACGGGAGCUCCGUUGCUGGAGCAGGGGAUGAUAGUGGGACAGCUUGCUCUUGCAGAUGCGCUCAUUAUUGGGAACUGCAACAACCAGGUCAAGUUCAGUGAACUAACAAUCGACAUGUUCCGAAUGCUGCAAGCCCUGGAGAGGGAGCCCAUGAACUUGGCAUCACAAAUGAACAAACCCGGAAUGCAGGAGUCAACAGAGAAACCAGCCAGGCGGGAAAACCCCCAUAAAUACCUACUUUAUAAACCAACUUUUAGCCAGCUAUAUACAUUUUUAGCAGCAUCAUUUAAGGAGCUGCCUGCCAACAGUGUGCUGCUGAUUUACCUGUCUGCCACGGGCGUGUUCCCAUCAGGUCGUUCGGAUAGUGAAGGUCCCUACGAUUUCGGGGGUGUGCUGACCAACAGCAACCGGGACAUCAUCAACGGGGAUGCCCUCCACAAACGCAACCAGUCCUACAAGGAGAUGCACUGCCUUCACCCUGGAGAUCUCUACCCUUUCACCAGGAAGCCCCUGUUCAUCAUCGUGGAUUCUUCCAACAGCGUCGCCUACAAGAAUUUCACAAACUUAUUUGGACAACCAUUGGUGUGCUUGCUUUCUCCAACAGCAUAUCCAAAAGCAUUACAAGAUCAGUCUCAGCGGGGUAGCCUCUUCACACUCUUUCUGAACAAUCCGUUAAUGGCAUUCCUGUUUGUCUCUGGAUUAUCAAGCAUGCGCCGAGGAUUGUGGGAGAAGUGUCAGGAUUACCUCCGAAAAAUCAACCGGGACAUUGCCCAGCUGCUGACCCACUCCCGAUCCAUAGAUCAGUCCUUUCUUCAGUUUUUUGGGGAUGAAUUUCUUCGCUUGCUUCUCACAAGAUUUAUCUUCUGUUCGGCUACUAUGAGGAUGCACAAAAUCUUCCGGCAGGAGACUCGAAAUUAUCCUGAAUCUUAUCCUCAGCUGCCAAGAGAUGAAACGGUGGAGAACCCUCACCUCCAAAAGCACAUUUUGGAGCUGGCUUCCAUACUGGAUGUUAGGAAUGUUUUCCUGGAAAACACACUCGAUGACUAUUAAGAGAAACUGUCUUACUGCAAAGGGGAUUCCCUGGCCACAGAUUUUGAAUGGUGCAGUUUUAUAAUGUGAAAAUCAUAAAAGGAAGUACUUGAUUUUAUUUUUAAAUUUAGGACCAUUAUUUUAAAAAGUAAUAAUAAACAGCUGUUAGUUGAGCUGUUCCA